AUGGCCGCCGAACUGAUCAACCCACCCCCCUCCGUCCCCCCAGCCCUCGCCCUCCGCAUGUCCCAGCAAGCGCCCCGCAUACUCCAGCAAUCCUCAGGCCCCUCACUGCCUUACCUGCUCUCUCUCUUGACCGCGUCAGACGCUCCUGAGACAUGGAUAGGCUACGAGAACCUCCUACUUUCAUGCCUACGGACCGGCGAUGACAGAUCCGCGCGGAUGUGCCUUGAGAAGCUCACGCAGCGUUUCGGGGAAAGCAACGAGCGCGUGAUGGCGUUGCGGGGGAUGUACGAUGAGGCGGUGGCCGAGGACUACAAGGCCUUGGAAGCUGUCUUUCGGGGGUAUGAGGAGAUACUCAAGCAGGAUCCGACGAAUAUGCCCAUCCGCAAACGCCGUGUAGCCCUCCUCAAAGCCAUGAACAGACCCAUAGACGCGACCACCGCGCUCGUCGGACUCUUGGAUUCCUCACCCACCGAUGCUGAAGCCUGGGCGGAGCUAGCUGACCUAUACCUCACACAAAAUCUAUACUCGCAAGCGAUAUUUAGCCUGGAGGAGGUGCUCCUCAUUACGCCGAACGCAUGGAAUAUCCACGCGCGAAUGGGCGAGAUCCUCUACCUAUCGAGUCUAGCAACCAACUCCAACAACGAUGGAAACCUCAUGCAAGGGCUCUGCGAAUCAAUGCGCCGGUUCUGCAGGAGCAUUGAACUCUGCGACAACUAUCUGCGCGGUUACUACGGCCUGAAGCUUACAACAAGCCGCCUCCUCUCCCUCCCCUCCAAGACAUCCAAACCCGCCCCCGCGGCCACAGACCCCCAGUUCGGUGACCUCGCCCCGCCGUCGCUGGCUACGAUCGAGAAGCUGCAUGAGCUGGCGACCGCGAAGUUGGCGGAGAUAGUCAGGCGGAACGCCGCGGGUGAGAGUGGCUGGGACGGGUAUGAACAGGCGGAGGUGAUUGCUGCGAGAGAGCUGUUGGAUAGGGAUGCGCAGAAGGUUAAGCGGUGA